ACCUGUGGCCCAUUGCCCAGGAAUAGCUGAGAGUCAGACACAAGCAAGCAUGCCUCUGGGGAAAAAAGUGCGGCCAAGUUCUGCCGCAGGGAAGUUGGAAACUUCUGCCAUAAGCAGCAUUUUUCAUGACAUCAGAUCUGACACAGUCAAGCUUACAAUACCCAGAAUUAAAUCUUCACAAGCACGUGCAAAGACAUCAAUUCCAGGAACCAGACGGGGCCUGACUCCCAUUGGGUGGUUUUCACAGGCUGAACAAGAGGAGCAUCCAGAGUGGUUAGAGUGGGAGCUAAUUAAACAGCAUAACAGAAGGCAUUCGGUGGGACUUGUCCAGAAUGUGGCACCAAGCGGAAAUAUUCAAAAGUUUGGGGACACACUAAAAAGCUUGAGAAAGGGCAAGAUUGAACAGCAAGUGUCCCUGGAACAUCUGAAGAGUAUCCAGGCUGCCUUUGAGGAGUUUGAAAAUGCUGGAAGGAAAUACUUGGACGUGGAGGCUUUCAAGAAAAUAAUGAAAAAGUGCCUGGGAUUCCAUGGAGUACAUGAUCAAAUCGGAGAACUCUUCAGAAAGAUUGAUUAUUCUGCAAGUGGUCAGAUUGAUUGGGAUGAAUUCUGUACCUACAUGCAACUGAAGUAUAAGGAGAUUGAAGAAUCCGACUCACGAUCAAAACAUAUCUCAUUUGCCCUUCCUGCGACAAUCAGAGAGUUUUCUCAUUCAGAGCAGAUCCUGUGUAUUUGCUACACUUCUGAUGAUACCUUCAUCAUGAUGCGAGAGGAUGGAAAUAUUUCCUUCUGGUCAGCUGAACUAAAGCUGAAACGAAGCAGGACACUCUUUGAGAGGCCCAUUGGCCGAAAACCUAAAUGGAUAACUGACUUCACCAUCAUGUCUCAAUACAACAAGUUCAUCCUGAGUACUGGAGAUCGGGAAAUUCAGAUUUAUGAGCUGUCUACCUUGGAGCCAUAUUGUCAGAUCACUGGUUUGGAAACAGGACCAUUACAGCUCGACUACUGCUCAACCGGUGGAGAUGACUGUAUGAUUCUGUACGGAGAUGAUCAGGGCUGUGUAAAUAUUUUGCUUCUUACAUCAGUAGGGGAGACGCUGAGAACAUGGAAGAAGUGGCCCAAGGUAGAUAACUUACCUACUAUCAGCAUAGAAAACUCAUUCCUAUCACCAAAUGUCACCUGCAUUCGAUGGAAGGUACAUGAAGACUGGGUUACACAGAUGAAAUAUUAUGAUGCAAUUGGUUCAAUUAUUUCUUCCUCAAAUCAUGAAGCUACAGCUUUGGUAAUAGGUUGCACUACUGGAACCACUAACUUGGAAAAACAGAUGAAGGAAUUGAAGGAAUGCUGGAAAGAGGGAAAAGGCAUAAAGAGUCAUAGUGCUCCUGGCAUUCCUCAGAAAAGGCUUGAGUGUGAUCAGUCUGUAUUCCGUGUUCACAAAGGUGUAAAAACAUUUGACUUCUGUAAGAAGAACAAUCUGCUUGUAACGGGUGGAAUUGACAGGAUUGUGCGUAUGUGGAACCCCUAUGUUCCUGGGAAACCUACUGGCUUGUUGAGAGGCCACUGUGCUCCAAUUUUCUUUCUGUACAUCUCCACUGAUGACAAUAAGCUGUUUUCUGUCUCCACUGACAACACAGUGAAGAUCUGGGAUAUUGAGGACCAAAGUUGCUUGUACACAGCCAAUUCAAAAGCCAGUCGAAUUAAAGGAGAUGUAUCUGCAUGUCACUAUGUACCAGGUCUCAAAGGACUUUGCAUCGCUGCAGAUGGUGUUGCGCUGCUCCAUCUAAGGAUACAUAAUCGGAGAGGAUUGAUUGAUGACUCAGCUGGAGUGGAGAGAGAUUUGGAUUUGCAGGAAGAAAGACCUCAGGCCAAACCAGACCACGUCUGUUCCCAUAAUGAGCCAGCUCUGUGCUGUAAAUAUAGUCAUGAGUUCCGGCAGGUCAUCAGUUGUUCAGAAGGAUCUGUGGUCAAAGUCUGGGACCUUGAUACAGGAAAGCUUAUAUUUGAAUUUAGUGGAGCUCAUGGUGAUUCUGCUAUUUGCUGCAUGACGUUUGAUGACAGUGGAAGGAGACUUAUUACAGGAGGAAGAGAUGGAUGUUUGAAGAUCUGGAAUCAUAAUAAUGGUCACUGUUUAAGAAUAUUAAAGAAAGAGGGCAGAUGUGAUGAAAUCUGUGACUGCAUCUAUGUGGAGAUGCAUAAAAAUAAAUAUGUGCUCGCUGUCGGAUGGGACAGAAGAAUAAAUAUAUAUUGUGAUUCCUUUGGUGACCAUCAUCAUACACAGCCUCCUGAGCCACAUUGGCAGGAUGAUCUGGAUCUUCAGUACAGUUCUCCAAAGUCAAUCAUUUCUGAUGAUGCUAUUAAAGAAGAAAUAAGAAAGAAGACCUUCCAGAACAAUCUUGGCAAAAGACUUCGACAUGAAAGAUAUCAGAGUUUGAAUAAGCCAGUAAACCAUGGAGGGCCUGUUGCUUACCAUACCCUGAAGUGGUUUGAAAUUGCUAAUGCCCCAAAUAAGUGUGAAAAACCAGACUUAUCAGCAGCAGACACAGAUCCAUAUGCCACCCUUUUCUUUAAAGAAAGUACCUGUAAGCCUGUACCUGAGGAAUUGUGUUAGCUAUGUGAAUUUUUUUGCAUCUUGUUUGUUAUCCAAAGCUAUAGUUGCUGUAUGCAAUUACGAAGUGUUAGCUGUACAAGAGAUGUGUAUCCUAGACCCAGAUGACUGCUUAUUGGUUAUGUUGCAGUUUCCCCUCAUCUC